AUGGCGAUGUCCAUCUCCGGCGGCUGCGUCGGCGGCGACUCCUGCACGGUCCUGGCGCCGUCCGCGUCCUCGCUCCGCCCGCCGCUCCGUCGUGCCGCUGGCCCCAAGGGUCAUUUUUGUACUUUUCCUCAUGGAGCAUCUAGCAAUCACAUGCUUACAAACAACCAGCUAUGCGUUGAGCAUCAAAGAUGUCCGCAGAGCUCCACCCAGACCUAUGCUCUUUCUAGGAAGGAUUUUUCUCCUAUAACUCAAGAUGUGGAAGGCUUCCUUCACAAUGUUGUUAACAUGGGAUUUCUUGACCGUCUGAAAUUAGCAUGGAAGAUAAUGUUUCCUGCACCAACCAUAAAGGAGAGCUCCAAUGCGAACAUCGCAAAACAGAGGCUUAAGAUGAUCCUGUUCUCCGAUAGGUGUGAAGUCAGUGAUGAAGCAAAGAAAAAGAUUGUGGAGCACGUCAUUGAGGCAUUGUCUGAGUUUGUUGAGAUAGAAUCAAGGGAUAACGUCCAAGUGGAUAUCUUGACUGAUGCUGGCCUUGGCACUGUGUACUCUGUGACAGUUCCCGUGCGCCGUGUGAAGCCACAGUACCAGGAAUCUGAAGAGCAGUACAGAGGGAAAAUCGUCGGCGUCGACUUCAAGGACACCGGAGAAUCAUCAGGGAACGUUGAUGUCACCUUUGACUUCUUUGUACCCAACGAGAACUACUAA